GACCCUUUCUCUGGCCACAUAUCUCUCAAGUGCUAAAACAGAAUUUAUGAACCCAAAUGCACCUCAACAUUCUUUGGAUCUAUUUUGUUUUCUUUAUGGAGAUCUUAGAUGGAAACCAAAGACCCUCUGGACAUAAAAUCUUCCAAGAAAUUUCCAUUAACAUUGAGGUUGGCAGUUUUAGUAAUCGCCAUGGUUUGUGGAAUAUACAUUUGCUCAAUUUAUUUAGAGCAAAAAGGUUUAGGCACAAACAUCAAGUUGUUAGGCUUCACUAACAAUGUCUUUAACCAGCCCUGUAAUCAUCCUUCAAGUGUGGAAGAAUGGGAAGUGCCAUACUUGCAUUAUCCACAACCCAGAACAUAUAGCAGAGAGGAGUGUGCUUGCAAUCCUGUUCGAUUUUUUUGCAUUGUGUCAAUGCAAAGAUCUGGGAGCGGUUGGUUUGAGACACUUUUGAACAGUCAUAUUAAUGUAAGCUCCAAUGGAGAAAUAUUUUCGGUAGGGAAAAGAAGGGAGAACGUUUCUUCUAUUUUGAAGACAAUGGAUAAAGUGUAUAAUCUUGAUUGGUUCACCAGUGCUUCCAAGAAUGAGUGCUCUGCAGCUGUUGGCUUCAAGUGGAUGCUUAAUCAGGGUUUGAUGGAGCAUCAUAAGGAGAUAGUGGAGUACUUCGAACGGAGAAGAAUUUCUGCUAUAUUCCUGUUCAGAAGGAAUUUGCUCCGGAGAAUGGUGUCUGUGCUAGCUAAUUCCUAUGACAAAGAUACCAAACUACUGAAUGGGACUCAUAAGUCUCACGUGCAUUCUUCGGCGGAGGCUAAAAUUCUUGCCAACUACAGGCCAGGGAUCAAUAUCACAUUAUUGAUACCAGAGCUGAAGCUAACAGAAGAAACAGCUAACAAGGCCAUUGCAUACUUUAAGAACACUCGUCACAUUGUACUCUACUACGAGGAUCUUGUCAACAACCGCAAUAAACUCAAGGAUGUUCAGGAAUUUCUAAGGGUUCCAUACAGAGAUCUAGAGAGCCAUCAAGUAAAGAUACAUACUGCCCCAUUAUCAGAGCAAAUUGAAAACUGGGAUGAAGUCCUGAAAGCACUGACAGGGACGCCAUACCAGAGUUUUCUCUAGAUACAGUACUAAUCAAUCUAGCAGAUUUUCUUACAAGAUUAGGCCAACAUCUAAUGCUCCUUCUAUAUUGUACUAUGUACAUAUGAAAGAUUUUAUGACUCAGCAUAAGAUAUUACAA